UCUUGCCUUCUACGUAUUGGUUUGUUAAGGUUGAAGUAUCUACGAAUUGCGUUUGCAUUCCGUCUUUAGCCUCUCGUUUGAGUUAUUUAUCGUCUUCUUCUUUCAUUAUCGCAUCAGACAAGAGUAAGUCUUGCUCGUAGAUGUUGCGCCCAACCAAGCUGACGACUUCAGUGCCUGCUACGACGACCACCACGUUCAGUGCUGUGCGACGACGCCAUCUAGACGUAGUAACCGCAGUCUUGUUUUGGUUCGUUCCAAAGUAGGUCGUCGUUGGUUGGUACCUGCGGGCUACUGUGAUCCAGCGAUUUCUCGAAACCACCUUCUCAAAAACAUCGUCAUGAUGGAAAUGAAAACCAUCCAGAAAAAGCGCCCUUCGGCAACUUCGGCCGAGGGACCGGAAGGGGAAAACGGUCACGACAAGCCGGAAACGCUGAAACCGGGCUCGAAGAUACGACCCACUGUGACCGAGGAGGACGUCCGUAAGCUGCUGGAACGGCUGUAUGGUAUCAUCGUGCUGGAGAUGUGCGAGCUGGACUCGUACGACGACAAGAACUUCCUCUUGCAGGCAGAUCGCGCUGUAAAAAACCCGAUCCUCAAAACGGUCAGCGCCAACGGGUACGUGCUGAAGAUCGCCAACACGCUCGACUCGCAGGACGAGGGCUUCUUCGAGGGCCAGCGCGAAGUCAUGGAGCAGUUGCACGGGCGUGGCAUUCACUGCCCACGGCCGGCCCAGAACAUCUACGGCCGGUACCACUCGGUGGAGUCACUCGGCGAGAGUCGCCACGUGGUACGGCUGCUGGAAUUUCUGCCGGGGAAGGUCUUCCACGGCGUUCCCCAUCCGGAUCGGUUGUUCUACCAGGCGGGACUGUUCAUCGCGAAGAUCGAUGCUGUGCUGAAGCAAAUCAACCACGAAGGCAUCAUGCGACGGCAAUCAAUUUGGAUGUUGGACAACUUCCUUCAGCUAAAGGACUUUCUGUACGUGAUCAAGGACGAACAGCACAAGGAUAUCAUUGAGCAGGUGCUGGAAGCGUUCGAGAAGCGAAUCAUCGCCAGCAAAGACCAGUUCGAGCGGGGUGUCAUCUACGGAGACUUCAACGAGCACAACAUCAUCGUGAACCGGAAGGAGGAAAACUCCAAGGAGUAUGACAUUGCCGGAAUCAUCGACUUUGGCGACGUGUGCCAUUCGUUGUACGUGUUUGAGCUGGCCAUCGCCAUGACGUAUAUGAUGCUGGAAUCGGCCGACCUGGACACCGGCGGGCUCGUCCUGGCCGGGUACGGAAUGCUUCGGUUGAUUCCACAGCAUGAAAAAGAAGUCCUCAGGGUUGCGAUCGCCGCUCGGUUGUGCCAAAGUCUCGUCCUGGGCCUGUACACCUCGACGGUGGACGAGUCCAAUCAGUACAUUCUGUCCAGUCAAACGCGCGGCUGGAGUUUGCUCGAAGCACUGUGGGCGGAAAAGGACAAGGACAUUCUGGAGCGGUGGGAUCGAGUAUCGGAGCAGUAUCUCACGCGAAGCACCAAGUGAACGACCAGCAACGAAGCAAUGCAGAACAAAGAUUUCCCAAAAGUAUAUCACAUUAUUGUUAACAUGCAACCGCACAAUUUUUAACAUGCCUUUUACGCAAAGCAAAGCAAUUAUACGACUGUAGUUUUCGGUAGAGUUAGUGUGAUAAGUAGCAACAAUAAGCAAUUAGUCUAGCAUCAUAUGUAUGCCAGACGGCACAGUCCAAAAGUGUAGAACCUUAUUGAUAUUCCUUUUUAGGAGUUAGUUAAAACUUUCUCUGCGAUCAAUGGCAGUUUUUAUCAACGUACGUAAGUAGAUUAUCUUUAAAAAUGUAAUAAAACUUGUUUUCCUCAUCCAUCGGA